GGCUGUAUGCAAGCCGCAUCCGUAAGUAUAAAAAAGGAUCCACGUCUUUGAGAUCAUCGCUCAAAGCUCUGAAACUUUCACCCCCGCCAAAUCGAAGGAUCUCUCCCCUCCUCUCUGUCGGUCGAUCUAUAUAGUUCAUCUUCUUCUUCAAGGACUCAUUAAUGGCUAUAAAGCUCCAGUCAGUGCUACUUCUUUUGAUAUUCAUGCCAUCUUUACUAAGUAUGGCUCAUGAAGAAACUAGCAAUGGGAGCUCCUCCUCUGUGCACAUCGUUUAUAUGGAGAGAACAGAGGGUGAACCAGAAGGUCUGCACCUCAAAACCCUUGCCUCGAUAUUUGGAAGUGAAGAGGCUGCGAAAGAUGCCAUAAUUUAUACUUACAAGAAUACAAUCAAUGGGUUCUCUGCGAGGUUGACCCCACAACAAGUUGCAGAGCUCAAGAAACAAGCUGGCGUGCUUCAGGUCCUUCCAAGCACUACGUAUCAACUCCAUUCUAGGGCACACUUUCCAUAGAAAGUUGUUCAUCAAUGAACCUGUUUUCAGAUGUUUGUUAUGUACAAGAAAAACACUUAUAUGUCAUGUAAUAAAUGUACAUGACAAACACUUAUAUGUCAUAUAAUAAAUGUUUCUUGCCCGGACCAAAUUAUGAGGGUUCGAUAUUCCUCACCUUCUUUGGAAUGUAAGCCAUGACUUAUCUGUGUGACUUUCGGCUAUUAGUCUGAUUUCUUUUUUUAAGUAACUAGUGUCUGAAUUUAAGGA